AACAUUAUUCAAUCGAAGCAACAAAUUGAAUUCAGACGAACUAAGGCAGUCACAUCUUGGAAGUCGAACGCGCCUGCUUUGAGUCGCUCUUAAUCUCGUCGCAACGCGACACAUAAGCUCGACAACCGCACUCUAUCUGUUUGGCGAGGUUUCGAGUAGCAAUUCUCGAUUUGGAAGGAACGAUGCCUCACCAUGGAGGAGCGCACUUGGUGCGACGGCAGCACCAUCGCCAUGAGAACCAGAACAACAAUGUCGCGACCGUCGUCUCCGUUGUAAUCAAGACCAUGCCAAAGACCUUUUCAGGUGAUGCCGUAUGGGUUACCCAGGCCCCAGCAACUCUUGUUGGUGUGCCUGUGCAAGUUUCCACCGCAAACGACGCAAAGCCUACGUCCAAGGCCAAGUCAGGUGGAACUUCCGAGAAGGCAACUGCUACGAAGAAAUCCUCCGACGCAAAAGAGACUGAGACGUCCUCACCAACUCACGUCGCAUCGACGCUAAUGGUCGCUACUUCGUCUCCAAUCUUGUCUAGUGCUACAGCAGCAGCAAUUGCUGCUACUACUUCCCCUUCGGCUACGUCAACCGCAGAGGCUGCAAAGAGCACUGGUAUGUCUGGUGGUGCCAAGGCCGGUCUUGCAUUGGGUCUUCUCCUGGGAAUCGCUGGUAUCCUUGGUCUUGUCCUUUUCAUGUACCACCGCAAGAAAAAGGCCCUUGCCCAAAAGAAGGUGGAGGAUGAAAAGGUUGCCAUGCAAAACGCUCCCCCGCCUCCAGUCGUAGUUGCUCCCAGUAUCCGAACGCAGAGAACUUUGUCAACCGCACCUCGUCUCAGCCUUCGGCCGGUCACCCAAUUCUCCCCUACUUAUGAAGAGAACCGCAAGAGUGGUGGAAACUUGUUGAACGUUGCGGCUGCUGCAGCACCUCCUCCUCAAUCCCGUCAACACACCCCAUCACCGAAUGAUCAGCCAGCUAGCCCUUGGGAACGACCUGGGGCGGCAAAUGCCGGUGCGCCUCCAACCGAUCCCUUCCUUGACCCGCAGCCUCAACAGAGAUCUCCGAGCCCUCCACAGAACCCCUUUGGUAACCACGCUGCAACUGAGACUCCUCAAGCGACCGCUCCUAGCACUCCCCAAUCUGCCAAUUACGCUCCUGGUCCCAGCGGUCAUCUGAAUGAUUUCGGCAACCCUGCUCCAGCCAUUGCUGCCGCAGAGGCCGCUCCCACAGCUGCGCCCAUUGCCAUGGCCGCUGUUCCUGUUGUGCGUAGGGAAGUUCCACCUCCCCCGAGCAUCAAGUCAGAAUCCGGCGUAAUUCCACCUAGCCCAUCUUGGACAGAAGAUAUUCCUGCUUCCCCUGGCCCAGCUCCCACCGGCCCUCCCCCAGUCGCUGUCGCCGGUGGAUCUCCUAAUGGUCCCGCCCUUGCCCCUGCCCCUAACAAUGUUCACCGCGUCCAACUUGACUUCAAGCCCUCUAUGCAGGACGAACUUGAACUUCGUGGUGGUCAGUUGGUUCGCAUGCUACAUGAGUACGAUGACGGCUGGGCUCUCUGUAUUCGCAUGGAUCGUUCACAACAGGGUGUCGUCCCUCGUACAUGUCUUUCCAAACACCCCGUCAAGCCUCGCACCGGACCACCCCGACAACAAGGGCCUCCUCGCCCUCGAGGUCCUCCUAUGGGUCCUGGUGUUCCCCAGCCACGCCCGCUCUCCCCCGCCAGUGGUCGCAGCUCACCUCACCCACCUUCCCUCUCACCUGCCAAUGGUCGCAUGUCCCCAGGCCCUCGCUCGAUGAGCCCAGGACCACGCCCAAUAUCUCCUAACAUAGGACCUGGAGGGCGUGCACGAUCCAACAGUAACGCCCCCUAUGCCGGCCCACCUCGCUCAAUGUCUCCCGGCCCCUAUGGCGGCGGUCCCCAGCAGCACAUGCCCCCCCCGCAAAUGGGCCGCCCACGAUCAAAUUCUGCAAGUCAGGUUAUGGCACGACGAGCAAGUCCGCCUGGCCCGAGCCCCAUGAAUCCUAAUGCCAACGCUCCAAUUAUUCCAGCCCGGAAGCCGCUUCCCGGCCAGGCGCUAUAAUAUUUAUGAGGAAUGGGUCAUGGCACAUUUUUCCUAUGUCGCUUGAAUUUUCUGGUUUACAUGGUUGGCCUGUGAUGUGUUUUUUGGGAUUGCAAGGUUAAUGCCCUACUUACUCUCCUUACUACCCCCUAACUUUCGAUUCUUGAGGGUCUGCUGGAUGCAUCUUAAGACAAACCCACCCACCAGACGUGGCAAUAUCCUGUGGAUUUGCGUUCUUCCAUUCCG